GUCAUUUUCACUGCGUCAGUCUUCCUGUUUGCUUUGAUGCUGUUCUAUUUACUAAAAUAUGGCAGAUAAAAGCAGUCAUUCCUGCUUGGUAUCUAAGAUUGCCAUCACUCUCUCAGUCGUCAGUUUACUGUUGUGCUGUGGUGUGUUUUUAAGAACAGAAUUGAUGCUAAACGAGCUGUAUUCAAGAGAUAUCAAGCUGGUAGAUAAGAUGACUUCAAAACACGACAAGGACGAUGGCGUAAAUCAAUUCAGCAGCGAAGAUCACUCAAAACAGAAUGAAGCAGUUUUAAAAAGAAAAGUACGACAUGAUACAACUGGAGUCAACAACACCAUUAAGUUACUGACUGAUUUAUUGGACCGAAAAUUUGGGAAAUCUUGGAUACCUAUUCCAGGACCUCCCGGUCCGCAAGGAAAAMCWGGUCCAAGAGGACCGAGRGGACGCACGGGUAAAUCUGGACGUCGAGGAAAACGAGGACCACGUGGUUUUUCUGGAAAAAUCGGACUUCCUGGUCCCAGAGGAAUGCCUGGACCAAAGGGACCAAAGGGAGAUCGUGGUCCUUCCUUAGCACGUCCAACAGUACUCAUUUCACCAACACAUCUCAUCGUCAAUGAAAGCCAGUCCGCCAUCUUGCAUUGUUCGUCUAGUGGUUAUCCUCGACCUGAUGUUGUGUGGAGUAAAAACAAUGGUACAUUACCACACAAACGAGCAGUAAUUGAUAGCACUGGCAAACUUGAUAUCAAACACGUGACUCCCAAUGACUCAGGAAUCUAUCAGUGUAAGGCUUCUAAUCUUCUUGGCAGCACACAAACAACAGCGAAACUCCAAKUGAACUUCCCUCCCCUACUGACCUUGAACAAAAGAACAACCUACGAAACGAUUGGUCAUGACAUUCGUCUACCCACUUGUUACGUGACUGGAAUUCCUGAACCAAAAGUSACGUGGUCUAAGUCUAUCGGUUCUUUGCCUGUUAAUCGUUCCGUUGUUAGAGAUGGGCAGCUGACUAUACUAAAAGCGAAAAAAGAUGAUUCAGGGAUAUAUAUUUGUAAAGCUGAAAAUCUUCUUGGUUCUGUUGUAGGAUCUAUUAUGGUUAUAGUGGUUGAUCUGCCUGUGUUUGUUCUCAAACCUCCAUCGUCACACAGUUCAAGUCCAGAGACAACUGUAGUGUUGAACUGUGUCGCCAAAGGUGACCCUCAGCCUGUCAUCAGUUGGAGAAAAGACAACGAAGUUCUUCCAGUUGGUAGAUAUGAAGUGAGAGAUGGCUCUUUGAUUAUAAGGAAAGUCAAGAAAACAGAUUCAGGUGUGUUUGUGUGCACCGCUACGAGUGCUAAAGUGUUUGAUACAGAAACAAGGACAGUGUUAACAGUGGCUUACCCAAAAGAUUGCGCUGAGCUUUACAAAUCAGGAGAGAGACGUAACGGUGUGUACACAAUUCAACCCGACAAGCAGCCUGCAUUUCAAGUCUACUGUGACAUGAUAACUGACGGUGGGGGUUGGACUGUGUUCCAGCGAAGACAAGAUGGAUCAGUUGAUUUUUAUCGCAAUUGGCAACAAUACAAAACAGGUUUUGGAAACCUUAAUGGCGAGUUUUGGUUGGGAAACGAUUACAUCCAUCGACUGACAGCAAGAACAGCGUCGAAUCUGCGCGUUGAGGUAGAGGACUGGGACGGAACUAGGAAGUAUGCCAAAUAUGAUAAUUUUAGUGUUGGUGAUGAAUCAGACAAGUACAGGUUGAGGGUUGGCUCUUAUUCAGCUGGUACUGCUGGGGACUCGUUAUCAGGUCAUAACAACAUGGCGUUUAGUACAAAAGAUGGAGAUAACGACAAGGACAGUGGUCGUAACUGUGCUUCAGCAUAUACCGGUGCCUGGUGGUAUAAACAUUGUCAUUAUUCUAAUCUGAAUGGAAAGUAUCUUGGAAACAAGGUGUCGUAUAAAGGAAUUGUUUGGUACGGUAGUCAAAGUUUAAAGAAAGUAGAAAUGAAAGUGCGCAGUAGCUCAUUUUAAUGCAUAAACAGUACACUAAUAUAACUAUCUGAACUUGUUAUUCACUUAUUUUAAUCGUUCGCGUUGCUUGUACAUCAUUACGUGUGUUCCAAAUUAUUGUUUGUGGAGUUUCCAUUUGAGUGAAAUAUUGCAAUAUUAAAUGAUACAAAAAAUAU